UGAUGUCUGUAAGCACCAGUGUUCAGGUCAACUUCGAUCUUGUCUGUGACAGAGACGGAGAUUACCCCAAUCUACAGCCUGUCCAGCGUCUCUGCAAUCUAGGUGCGAAGCGAUAUGCAUAGAGCAGUCUGUGUUACUGCAACGAAUGCAUCCAAAGGGCCGCGUCGUUAUGGCUUCGCCUGUGCGGCAUGUAACAAGCGGAAGAUCCGAUGCGAUGGAGAACGGCCUGUUUGCAGACGAUGCUUGAAACGCGGGGAUCAUUGCGUAUACAAACCUACAGAGGCAGACAGCAACCAAUUACAUCAAGCCCUGGACCGAAUCGCGUUCCUAGAGGAUCAAAUCAGAAAGCUUGAUAUCUCGGACGAUACCGAGCGUGCCCGUGUUUUAGAGGCAUGCGGAGUUUCUGACGCAGAUGCAAGCACUUCGUCAAAUGCGGCUCCCAAGUUGGUGCCGCUAGGUGGCUGUGGCACCCUUCAGCCUUGCGAUGAAUUAAGUGUUGAUGAACACGGUCAAGUACAAUACUUUGGAACUACUUCGCGCUUCUACAUGCCAGACGAACAUUCUGAGCGAGUCGAAUAUUCCAACAACGAACAAAUGCUCUUCGACAAACCGGCACAUAUCGAAUGGCUUCGUACGAAUGCAAAUCUUCAUCAUUCAUUGGAGAAACUCACCUUAGCAAACUUAAGGAACGAUCCUUCCGUGGAUCCAGCACUAUCAAGUGCACUUCUACAACACUACUGGACGUGGCAGCAUCCGUUGCAUAAUUGUGUUUAUCGUCGAUGUUUCGUCCGUGAUUCUGCCUUGGGUGGGCCUUAUUUCUCGCCAUUUCUCCUAAAUGUGAUAUAUGCACAUGCUGGAAGGCACAUGGACCCCAAUGAUGCUCGUUUCAAUUCUAUUGAAUAUGGUGAACGAUUCUUGGCGAAGGCGAAGGCUCUUCUUCAAGUUGAGAUGGAGCAGAGCAAACCGAAGAUUGCCACGAUACAGGGACUCCUGAUUCUAGGAGGUCGGCAGUGCGCAUUGGGUCGGAAUAGCGAGGGCUGGCUUUACACAGGCAUGGCUAUUCGGAUGCUUAAAGAUAUUGGCCUACACAUCAGUCCACAGAAGCUGCGCGACGCAGACAAGCUAAGCCCUGAUGACCUCGAGGCGAGGAAGCGGGUCCUCAUAUCUGCAUACGUGUGGGACAAAACAAUGAGUAUUUGCUUGGGACGUCCACCUACGCUGAAUGAUAUGCCUUUUACGCAUCAUUGUUUAUGGGAUGACUCGGACGACGACACUCUUUGGAAGCCGGACGGAUUGCCAGACGCAGAUCCUACAUAUCCGCCCACUAAGAGCUACAACUCCUUGACUUUCCGUCAUUUCUUGAGACUCUCGAAGAUCACCACUCAGAUGUACAACGUUGUAUAUUCUGCUACUAUCAACUCAAAGACUAUCGAAAUCGAAACGCAAACUCUCGAGACAAAACUUCGAUCGUUCUUUGCAGCGCUACCAGAUGUCAUUAAGGUAGAAGAUCCUGCCACCAUCACGCACUGUCCACCACCUCACAUAUUUUCUCUGAAUAUCCUGACUCAUGUCCUUCUGAUACUUCUAUAUCGGCCAUUUCUGAUAUCUUCUCAUCCUCGAUACAAGCAUCCAACCUUGGUCAGAAGAGCACAACGUGUGUGCGUGGAAGAAAGCUCUAUCGUACAUCACUUUAUCAAGUUGUACCAACGAAGCUUUCGCCUUAAGAAUCAAACGUAUUUGAUCUCAUACUGCAUAUUCACCGGUGCGACCAUCGAUGUGCACGAUCUGAAGACCCCAGACGAAGCCUCCGCCGCCGCUGCCGCUGAAAGAUUAGCCUCAAAGCUGCAGAUGCUCGAAUCUGAAGCUCUAUUAGCUCCAGGACUCCAGAGAAGUGCUGAUAUCAUCAAAAUGCACCUGAGGAUGAGAUUCAAUCCUAGUUCUGCAUCACCGAUCAACCACAGCUCUGGUUCAUGUCUCUCGAAUGAUUCAAAUAUAAGCGCAGUACAAGCCUCAGGAGACCUAUCGAUGCUAUCUAUACCAUCGCAAUUACAUGCAGCACCAGCAACCCAAUCUGGCUUUCAGCCCGCGCCUGCUGUAAAUGGUUCGUCUGCUAUUCAUAGUACACUUCCUGAGUCAGGUUCUUUAACUCAGUAUUCCUUCCCAUCCCAAUCACCCAGCAAUUCAGCUUUGACCACUACGUAUUCACCUACAUGGCAAGAUCCUUUUACAAGCCCAAACUUCACCAUCGAUACAUUCGCCAAUGUCGGAGGUGGUUUUGUUCCGGAAUCCCUGAAUUGGACACUUGAAGACACGAAUUGGGAUUUUAUGCAUUUUUGAUGGCGACACGUUUACAGUCAAACGGAUUAAAUGAGACUCACGAAGGUCAUGUCGACUGGAUCAUCACAAUCAAGACCAAGCGCUGAUCCGAACUAAUUGUCAAUAUUAUUGGUUAUUCAUAAUUUAUGAAGCCUUUAACCCAUUCUCCACUGAUACCGAUACCGUUAAUCCCGGCGUCACUUCUUAGUGAAUACAUUAUUUGAAGACUCUCCAAUCUCGCAGAUACUGCACCGUCCAUGGCAGCAGCUCAAUUUGCUGCAGGUCUUGUUCUCGUAGUGGGUAAUCGACCUGCACUGGCAGCAAGACCACGCUCUCCAAGCCAUCAUGGUAGAAACGGUUGAUUGUCUGUUUUAUUUGGAAAUUUCGGCUUCGUGUAGUAUGGGGUUGGAGAUGGUGGCUUGGUA